AUGGCUGAACAAGAUGACGGGGCGCAAGCUAUUCAAAACGCUUUCGAAAAUCUGUCUUUCAAAGAUGCUCAUGAUGAUUUGAGUGAGUAUGUCCGAAGACCAGGUUUCGGAAGACAAGGUCGACCCAUACAAGUAGCUGCGAACAUGUUCCCAGUCAAUAUGAAGAAUAACGCAAACGGUCUGGUAAUCUAUCAUUAUGAUAUCGACUUUCGACCUGAGGAGGGAAGGUUGAAGUUCAAAAAGACUCGAGACUUGUCUUGGAGAGUAUGGAAAAAAUUGGUCGCGGACGCUCAUCCAAAGGUUAAGAAGGAACUUGAAGCUGCUGCUUAUGACCAGCAAUCAAGUUUCUAUACUCCUUUCCGUAUUCCGAUGUCCAAAGCAAAGAGUGAAGUCCCUGUUUCUCUUCCCGAAGAGUAUCCUGAACCGGGAAAACCAAACAGAGAUCAACAAUUCAUCGUCACAGUCCAGUUUGCCAGAGAGAUAGAUCUCAGCAGGAUCAUCACCUAUUGCAAGGGACAAGAGCUUAACGCAGAAUUGAGGGAUAUGGUCGCGAUGGGAAGAGCCGCUAUCAAUAUUCUUCUCCGACAAGAUCUCUACGAUCGCUUCACUGCCAAAGGUGCUCAAGGCAGGAGGUUUUACACUCUUGAAAACUCGUCAUCGAUCGGUUCAGGCGGCGUCGUCCUCGAGGGCUUCAUACAAUCUUUCCUCUUUUGUCAAGCUGGGCACCCCGCUAUCCAGCUCGAUACUGCGUAUGGACCAUUUUUCAGGCCUGACCUCCUUAUAAAUGUCCUUACAGAUCUCUUGGGUGGCGGUGGUAGUGGUGGUGGUGGGCGAGGUGGGCGAGGUGGAGGUAGAGGUGGUUUCAACGGCAGAGGUGGACCUCCAGGUGGAUUCGCAGGUGGUCAAGUACCACUAGAAGAUCUCCUCCAAGGAAAAUUGUAUCACAUCUCGAAGUUACUCAAGGGUGCCAAGUGCACUCUCACUUACUCCAAGAGCAAAAAACCACUCAUCAUCAACGGAUUCCUCGAUAAGACCGCUGCAGAAUGCAAAUUCGAUAUGAAAAGCAAAGAUGGUGCCCCCAAUCAGAUGAUCACGGUCUCUCAAUACUUCCACAAUUUUCAUAACAUCACUCUCAAACGACCUAGACUUCCUUUAGUGAAAGUAGGCAACAAAUCGCUUAUCCCACUUGAAUUGAUCAAACUAUGUGACUUCAACGCUAUUCCCUUUGCAGCUGUUACAGCAGAUCAGACUGCAGAAAUGAUCAGAGUUGCUGCAAAACCGCCUCCCGAGCGUUCCGCGCAAAUCAUAAAGUGGCGCAGCAAGAUCAAUUACUCCCAAUUACCACGACUCAAGGAUUGGGGAAUUCAAAUCCAAGCUGAAAUGAUGAGAAUUCCUGCAAGAGUAUUGCCUCCUCCCGUGGUUCAUUAUGCUGGAAGGGAAAUGAAUGUUCAGAGAGGGUCUUGGAAUGUUGGAGGCGUUAGGUUCUUAAAACCUGGUGCACCACUUCGAUCUUGGUCCAUCUGCUGCUUUGACAGCUACAUAAAAAACGAUGAGAUCAAAAAUUUCUUUGGCGAAUUCAUCAACGUCCUGGUCAAGCAAGGAUGUUCUGUCGAAAAGAGGGAUCCUCCCAUUGUACGACCCGAAAACAAUCAGAAUGUCCACGCAACUCUGCGGAAAGCGGCCCAACAAGCUCAUGAGGCAAGCCAAAAAAUUAAUCCCCAGAUAAUCUUCGUCAUCGUACCGAGAAAGGAUCUUGCUUUUUACUCCAGUGUGAAAAGGAUAGCUACAAAUGAGCUAAAAAUGCCCGUGGUCACACAGAUUAUGCAAUCGGCAAAAGUGAAAAAUGAUAGAGGCAGAGAUCAAUACUGUGGUAACAUGAGCAUGAAAGUGCAUGCCAAGCUUGGUGGAAUCACACACACGGUCAAAAUCCCUCAAGCGAUUGAUAAAACUACGAUGUUGGUUGGUGCGGAUGUGUCUCAUCCACCCCAACUCACCCAGAGAGCAUCUGUCAUACAUCCUUCCAUCGCCGUUACUGUUGCUGCGAUCAAUGGUGACAACAAUUUCUUCGUACCCUGCAUUCGACUCCAGGAGGGCCGAAAAGAAAUGGUAGACGACCUCAAAGCAAUGAUGAAAUCUCAUAUCGAACUAUUCGAGAAGAGGACUGGAGCUAAACCACAGAAAAUCUUGAUGUUCCGAGACGGUGUUUCGGAAGGUCAAUACGGCCAAUGUGCUACUACUGAGAGAGAUCAGAUCUUAGCCGCGUGUCGAGAGAUGGAUCCUAAAUAUCGACCUAAGAUUACCUUUACCAUUUGCGCUAAAAGGCACCACAUGAGAUUCUUCGCUGUUGAUGAUACUACCAGAGACAGGACUGGUAACCUUCCCCCCGGUACCUGUGUUGAUACCGCUGUUACCCAUCCCUUCGCCUUCGACUUCUACCUUCAGGCUCACGCUGGUUUACAAGGCACGGCUCGUCCCACCCACUAUGUUGUGGUUGUCGAUGAGAAUGCUUUCUCUGCCGACAAGAUGCAAGAUUUGUGCAACUCCUUAUGCUAUUCUUACGCUAGAACUGCAAAGGCUGUUUCACUCAUUCCUGUUUGUUAUUACGCCGAUAUCAUUGCGGGCAAAGCUCGGGACUUCGCCUAUCCAGGGGAUGAAAGUGAAACGGCUACCGUGACCUCCCAGUCUUCUGGGGCAAUCAAUGCAACGUUCGAUCCCUACGUAUUAAGAGAACGAGUGGAGAAGCAUGCGUCUUUCAAUCACGUUGCAUGGGUAGGUCCUUUGCUUUGA